AUGGCUAGUGCAUACAUCCUCCACAGAACCGAUCGUACCGAAGAAGACUACAUCAUGCCCAAACCUUCUCCAGACCCUGAGCCCAACCAUCCCCUCGGCCCUCUCAUCACUAUCCGCAUCCUUAGCGACAACUCCGAUCCUACCUCCAGCAUGCCCUUCGACAUCAACUGGGAGAGCAUGCGCAUCAAGGCCAGAUUCGGCACCAUCAUGGCAGGAGGAGCAGGCUACUGGUGGGAGGAAGGCUGCCGCUGGCUGGACCCUGAAGAGACCCCCAAUGAGGUUACGUUGAAGCAUGGUCACACCAUUCGUAUCAUCUACUGUCAAGAGCCCGACGGAAAAGCUGACGUUCUCGACGUCGAUUUCGAGGAGGAGACCAGCAAGCCUUGA